GGCUGCCGGGAUAUAUAUGUAAUUUGAGGCCCAAAUCCACAACUCUUAAUAAAUCCUGCGAUUAGGGUUCCGUUCCUCUUGCUUCACCGUCACAUCCAUUCAGCUUCCCUGCACUCUGCAAUUACCAUACGUUGUCGACAUCCGUCAAGGUGAAUUGGGAAGAUAUGGCGGAAGCUGUCGUAGAUGCUGUUGUUCCUCCUGUUAACGAUGAAGAUAAGAUUCAAACCGGCGUUAUGCUCUUCAACCGCUGGUCCUAUGACGAAGUUCAGAUUAGUGACAUCUCUGUAGAAGAUUAUAUCACUGCCACUGCAGCCAAGCACCCUACCUUCAUGCCUCACACAGCUGGAAGGUAUCAAGCCAGGCGUUUCAGGAAGGCUCAGUGCCCCAUCAUUGAGAGGCUUACCAACUCCCUCAUGAUGCACGGGCGCAACAACGGAAAGAAGCUCAUGGCUGUUAGGAUUAUCAAGCAUGCCAUGGAGAUCAUCCAUUUGUUGACUGACCUCAACCCAAUUCAAGUCAUUGUUGAUGCAGUUAUCAACAGCGGGCCAAGGGAAGAUGCCACCCGUAUUGGAUCAGCUGGUGUGGUGAGAAGACAGGCUGUGGAUAUCUCUCCACUACGCCGUGUCAAUCAGGCUAUUUACCUGUUGACCACUGGCGCUCGCGAAAGUUCCUUCAGAAAUGUCAAGACUAUUGCUGAAUGCCUUGCUGAUGAACUUAUCAAUGCUGCCAAAGGCUCUUCUAACAGCUAUGCUAUAAAGAAGAAGGAUGAGAUUGAGAGAGUUGCAAAGGCAAAUCGUUGAGAGUCCAAGAUUGAAGUUUUCAGGACAAUGCUGAUGUCCCUCCUUUUAUCAUUCAUCCUUCUUUUUGACAUUGUAGGAGACGUUCUUUUUGUCAAGGAGCUAUGAAAUUACAAAUACAUUUGCCUAGAAUACAUGAAGAACCUGAUUUAAUUUUUAUUUUCAUUAA